AUGUGUACUAGCUUUAUGGCAACAAUAAUCGAAGCAGAGGAACCAACUACGCCACCUCCUUUCUGUCGAUUUAAUCAUAUCGAUAUACCGUAUCCGAGUCGACCAACAAUAAUAGAUCUUUGGAAGACAGAAUUUGGACCCGGUUUUGGACUAAGCAAGAGAAUUCGAUUUACUGGUGUAUAUACUAAUACAAGUGAACGUUUUAUCAUUAAUUUGUAUAGUGAUGGAGUACCAGAUGAGACUGCGCUAACUAUAUUUCAUUUUAAUCCACGUUUUGAUGAAAGGCAGGUAGUUCGAAACUGGUGGUCACCAACCAAUGGUUGGUGGAUAGAGCAACGUUCUGGAGGAUUUCCUUUCAAAAUUGGAGAACCUUUCGUUCUGGAUUUUAUUUCGUCAUCAAAAAAUGGAUUCAUUGUAACUAAUUAG